AACUCUGGGAACUUCAUCACAGCAAAACAAGAAGGUUCAAAUUCUACAGAGCUUGGUUUAGUAGGGAGCUCAAAAAUCACUUUCGCUUCUGUUUUGUUCUUCAUUCUCAGGUCAGUGAUCAUCCUCAUUACAUUUAAGCCAUUAUAACUUUCUACCAUAGAACAGCAAAGUGCUCAUGAAUUCUUGCAAUGGCUGUAAAGCUCCGGCCUUUAGCUUUUUCCAAGAGAAUCCCCAUGUGGGUUUGUUCAAGUGCUUACCUUUCUUCAAUUUCAUGCGCUAAAACCAUUGAAACUCACCCAGAAAACAAUCAAAACCCACCAUAUUCAUCUGAGUUUGAGCAAAAUAUUCAGUCUUUGAGGAACAAGCUUGUUCCUGAUAACUUGGUCCGGGUUUUGGAUAGCACUGAUGAUUUGAGCUCGGCAGUGAAGCUAUUCAAAUGGGCUUCGCUCCAAAAAAGGUUUAUCCACACCGCAGAAACGUAUUAUAAGAUGAUUCUGAAACUGGGUUUGGCUGGAAAUGUUAAGGAAAUGGAAGGGUUUUGUCAUCAUAUGGUCAAAGAUAGAUGCCCAGGUGUUGGAGAAGCUCUUUUGGAAUUGAUUGAUGUGUUUGUUAGGCAUGGUAGGCUGAGUGAGGCAGUAAGGGUACUUGUGAAUAUGAAAGCAGGUGGAUAUAGGGUCUCAAUUGAGACAUUUAAUGUUGUAUUGGGUGCUCUUGUGAAAGAGAAGAGGGAUUUUCGAGACAUAGUGCUUGUUUAUAAGGAGAUGGUGAAGGCAGGGAUGUUACCGACUGUUGAGACUUUGAAUUAUAUGUUGGAGGGUUUGUUGGAGACUGAUCGGAUUGAGUCGGCUUUGGAUCAGUAUAGGAGAAUGAAAAAGAAGGGGUGUAGUCCUAAUAGUAGAACAUUUGAGAUAAUCAUACAGGCUCUUUUUGCAAAAGAUCGAGCGGAUGAAGCUGUUGUUGUUUUAAGUGAAAUGUUCGAACUUGAUUGUCAGCUUGAUUUGAGUUUUUAUACCUGCAUAAUACCCUUGUUAUGUGGGGAAAAUAAACCAGCAGAGGGAAUCAGGUUGUUCAAAAUGAUGAGAGCUUCUAAUUUUAUGCCGCAUUCUCUGAUUUAUGUGGUUUUAUUACAGUGUUUAUGCAAGAACCUAUAUUUAGAUGAUUCGAUAAAGGUUCUAGAAGACAUGAUAGAAACUGGGUUGACACCACCUACUAAUAUGUUUGUGGAUGUAAUGAAUGUCUUCUGUACAUUGGGAAAGAUAGAUGAUGCUUUGAAGUUCUUGAAAGAUAAGUAUAUCCUUGAAACUUCUGCCUAUAAUGUGUUGCUUGAAGGUCGCUGCAAUACUGGAAAACUUCUCAUCGCAAAAGAUCUACUUGUGGAAAUGUCCGAAAGAAACCUAGCUGAUUGUAAUUCUUGGAAUAUUCUCAUCAGACAGCUUUGUGAGAGUGCAAGGAUUAGGGAAGUGUUUGAACUUCUAGGUAGAAUGGUGGUAUCAUCUUCUAUUCCUGAUUGUGCUACGUACUCAGCUCUUGUUGUUGGCAACUGCAAAAUGAGCAAUUACAGAAAAGCUCUUGAUAUAUUUCAUCACAUUCGCACCAAAUACUGGGUUUUGGACCCUAGAUCUUACUCUGAGCUUGUCAAAGGCCUUUGCCUUGUGGAAAUGACUCAUGAGGCGGCUGAUGUGUUCUAUUACAUGUCUAGAAAUGGAUGCACUCUCCAUUCUUCCUCCUUCAAUAUGUUGAUCAAGGGUAUUUGUGAGAGAGGAGAGGUUGUUGAAGCAAUAAGGCUACAGAAACUGGCUUACUAUUCUGGUACUUUUUAUACAAGUUCAACUUACUCCACUGUUUUGCUUGGAUUGUCAAGAUUAGACAGGACAAAAGAACUGCUAGUUAUCCUAUCAAAAAUGCUGGUGGAGGGUUGCAAUCUUGAUUUGGAUGCCUACUGCAUCCUCAUACAAUGCAUGAGUGUGCAGAAUCGAGUAAAAGAAUGCGUAUUGCUUUUCAGCACGAUGGUCAGUAAGGGUCUUGUACCUGAUUCAGAGAGACUAGUUAGUAUCCUGUCUUGUAUAGCCAAACAUUCUCAGUUGCACAGAAUUUUAGGAUCAAUACAGAAACUUAUUCCCAAUAGUGAAGUUCUAAAUUCAACAACCUACAACAUCCUAAUUCAUGGCCUCUGGAUAGAGGGUUAUAAACGUGAUGCCAGCAGAUUUUUGGAUAUAAUGUUGGAAAAGGGUUGGGUGCCAGAUGCCAAGACUCAUGCAUUGUUGAUUGGGUCUGCUGUUAGUGAUGAAGUAGAUAAGAGAUCAAUGGACUAUGAUACUUUUAGUGUCCAAGAUACUGUUAGCAACAUCCUGGCGGAGGGCUUAGAUGCGUCAUGAUAAAAACUUGCUUGGCAUGUGAUAGUUGAAGAAUUUAACUCCAUUAGUCGCAUGAGAAGUUGUCGUUCCGAAUUCCUCCUGUCUGCCCUCCUCAGCCAUUUACUUGGCUGGAAUGCGAAGAGUUUUUCUUCAGCAUUCAGGGUGUAUGUAAUAAGUCCAGAUUCUGGAUUAGCAGAUCCACCUUUUGGUUCUGGGGGAACGUCUGGCACCUCGGAAUGCAGCGUUCUUCAUCAGUCCACAAUCUACUAUUGGAGUUGUGGCGGUCAUUUCUCCAAGCAUCUUCUUAUUGGGGCAGAUGUCAAGUAAAGAAAAAUUAACUAGAAUUAACCAAUCAGGGUAAUGGAGUUACCAAGAGGCUAAGAAGGCUACCAUUCUUUAGAGCUUUUAAAACCAUGAUUUUGCAGACAUGGAACCUCCAAGUCUGCCUUGUCAAUGAACUUGAUGACAGUUUGAUCCAUCCUACUUCAAGUAACAUUCUACACUUUAGAGAUAUAAACUUCUUGGUCAGGAAGGUCAAAUAUUGAACAUUUCUAAAUAUUUUGCACCUUUUCUCUGGUCAUAUUAUUAGGUUAUGGAGACAUUUAAUGUUGGAAAGAUUAUACUUUGAAUGGUAUACUGAAGCUUGUUACUGUGUUUUCUUAAAUUCAAGGUCAAAAACCUGGAAAUCUGGUGUGCAUCGUUUGAAUGCUGUUAUGGGUUGGUUAAGGCAGUCUGGACAUCUGGAUGUAAGUGCAUGUCAGGCUCGAGACAUUCAAUCAGUUCCUUGAUAUCAGAAAUAAUACAGAUCCUACCUCACAAUUGUAGCUCACAGGGGUUCACUUACAGCUUUAGCAUUCAUUGACAUGUUGCCCAGUGGCUCAGUUAAACAGCUCAUAUAGGUCCGAGGGAGAACAAUAACACAGCUUUAGCAUUCACUUUCAGAUGCAAGCUGUAGUUGUAGAAACUGAGAUAUGUAGUCAUACUUUGGAGGCCAGACCAAGAUGUAUUGGCCUACUACUGACCAAUACUCAUCACUUCCAUUUUCUAGAAAUAUGCAUCGCAUCAGUUUUCUCAGUUGACAUAUCACUUGUGCCAAACUGCCCUUGAUAGUUGCCUCCAAUCAGUUGAGAUCACCAAAUUCUCUUGUUGCAGCUAUUAGAUUUAUGAGUAAUUGAACUAUACCAGUCAUUGUUGCUAUGAAAAA